AGGGCCUCCUCGAAUCGACGCCGUCUUGCAGGAUUUGUAGUUUAUUAUUUUAUAUUAUUUACUUGCAAAAUUAAAAGUGAUAUCGGAUAUUAAAUGUACUGGAGCGGUAAAUAUAGAGAUGCUGUAAUCGGCAGUAUUUUGAUGCGGAUAUGGAUAGCAUGAGACCGUGCUUUAAUAACGAGGAGUCUUUUGACGCGUGCCAGCCGUUAGAGACGGUGUUUGAGUGGCCAGGACGAAGAAGUGAAGCAGCGAAGGUUGUAAGACGGCGUUGCCAUAGUGAAGGCAUAGAGCGCUCUCCUUACGAGGAUGCGGCGCAGGAGUGUUACCGCCCCGCUGAAAGUAUCGCUCCAAACAACCGUAUCUUACCAAAUAAAAGCCAUUUUACUCUAAACAACAUCCACGACCAACGUAAUAGAUUUAAUUACGAGUGUUCACUAUCCACCGCCGAAAACGGUGAUUAUAUUAUGGCUCAUCACUACAACCAUCACAAUGUGUAUCAGAGCAAUAGAUCCAAAUUCGCCAGAGAAAAUCCUGCAAGACCAGUAGUUGUAACAACACUAUCAGACACAAAAAUUGAUGAUACUCAUUUACCCCAUGUUGAUGAACUAUUGGAAAAAGUUGACCAAGAAAUGUUGGAUAUACCAGGCAGUAUACAACCCCUGAAGUCCAUACUUAAUAAUCCAAUAGUUAAGUCCCACCCUCAAAGUAUUCUAAAGAAGCCAAAAACUAAGCUUAAUCAAGAAUCCAGAUCACCAAUAGAAGGAAGAAGGAGGCAGAGAGCAUCCAGUGAAUCUGAUAAUUAUUGUAAUUAUUCAAUUGGUGCUUCAAGACCCGGCUAUGACAGCCAACUUUCUUAUCUCUCCAGUAAUAUGAAGAGAGCAAAAGACAACUCAGGCUCGGGAUAUUCAUAUGGGUCCGCAGUAGCGGCAUUAAGCACAGUGCCAACAAGUAAAACUAUACCUAGUUAUAAACCUAUUCGCUGUAUGUGCAAGGACGAAGUGAUUGUGACAUCAAAGGAUGAUCCAUAUAAAAUGCAUGUGCUACGGACUACUGCUAUUAAUAGCAAUACUGUGGAGGAAUCACCCCUUGAACCAGAGCCCCGCGAAGACACCCCUACGAGGCCGGCGGGUAGUCCAGCACUGCCUGUCAGCUCCGUCACAGUAAUUCCAGCCGCAAAGAAGACCAAAAAGAAAGGAAAGACGAAGAAGAUGAGAACCAACAGCAAAGUGGACUGCGCCGCUGUUGAGGGGGACGUCGACGAACCGAAAAGCAGAUCAGUGUCUCCGGACAGUCUGUCACACGACACGUGGCACAUGGACACUGAUAUGCCAGACGUGGUGAAGAUCGAGAGACCUCGUCCCGCCGCGUCGCCAACUCACACCUCCGUCACAAAGCUGACGAGUAAGCUCAACGGCACAGCUGUCACGCCGAAGAUUGCGCCGUCGAAAGAGAAAACGAACAAAGAUCAAUUGUUUAUUGCUGCGCUGCACACAACCAAUCCUUUCAAAACCCUGCCGUCACGGAAAGAAUCAUUGGUGCUAUUACCUGAAACAGUGGGCAACUGCCUCCGAGCGUCUCUAUUCCCCCGAGUGCCUCCAUACCUGAAGUUCAUCAGCCACGACGACAGCACACCGCUGAAAGUGCCCGCGCCGAUACAGAAGCACCUCAAGUGGAAGCUCACCACAAUCACGCCGAUCGUCGUCAAGAAGACGCUGGUAAACUCCGGUUUUAAGCUGGUGAAGAGCGAGUGUGAAACGUCCGAGUGUCCUCAAGAAGAAACAGUCGACUGGAUAGGCAUAUGGGGUAAACACAUGAAGUCGCUGAUGUUCAGAGCCAUCAAGGACGGACAGAAGAUGAACCACUUCCCCGGCACCUUCCAAAUCGGCAGAAAGGACCGACUGUGGCGGAACCUCCAGAAGCUGGCGAACAAAUACGGGACGGACGAGUUCGGGAUAAUGCCGACCACGUACGUUCUGCCAAACGACAUGAAGCUGCUUAAACACGACUGGGAGAAGUAUGCUGCGAACAAUGAGAAGUGGAUCAUUAAACCUCCUGCAUCAGCCCGAGGUACCGGCAUCAAGGUGGUCUCGCGCUGGGUUCAGAUCCCCAAGAAGCGGCCCGUGGUGGUGCAGCGCUACGUCAGCAAACCUUACCUCAUCAACGGUAGCAAGUUCGACCUGCGGCUGUACGUGUUGCUAACAUCCAUCCACCCGCUCCGAAUAUACCUAUACAAAGACGGACUGGCCAGAUUUGCGUCAGUGAAAUACAAUGACGAGGUGGCUUCACUGAACGAUAGAUACAUGCAUUUAACAAAUUACUCAAUAAAUAGAUUGUCCAAGAACUAUACACCGAAUGAAGAUUUCGCAGCUUGCGAGGGACACAAGUGGACAUUGCAAACCUUAUUUCAAUACCUUAAGACUGAUAGAGGUGUGGACACAGAUGCGUUGUGGGACUCCAUCAGAGAUCUGGUGAUAAAGACCAUCAUAUCUGGCGAGGCAAGCAUCAGCUCGCUGACCAAAGCUAACAUCACCUCUAGGUACAACUGUUACGAGUUGUUCGGGAUAGACGUGCUGCUAGAUGAGGAUCUGAAGCCUUGGUUAUUGGAGGUGAAUAUAUCUCCGAGUCUGCACAGCGCGUCGCCGCUGGACAUCCACGUGAAGGGUCCGCUGGUGAGCACCGUACUGAACAUCGCGCAGUUCCAGGUGCCGCUGCGCACCAACCUGGAGAUGCUGAAUAAGGAUAAGCCGAACAAAAUGGCCGGUCUUCCGUACGACAGCAGAUUGUAUACGGUGUAUUUGUCGAAGGAGGAGAGAGAUAAACAUAUUAUAUACACCAAUAUGGAAGAGCGAGAUAUGUACCUGCGUGACAUCCUGUCGACCCUGACACCGGACGACGUGCGCCACCUACUGCAAGCCGAGGACGAGAUGACGCAGACUCGCGACAUGGAGCGGGUAUUCCCCACACGCGACUCGCACAAGUACCUCACCUUCCUGUCCGGCCCGCGCUACUACAACCGCCUGUUCGACGCCUGGGAGACCAGAUACGCAGACAACAGACAAGCCGGUAUCGAGCUGCUCCGGAACCUGUGCGACAUUGGAUAUCAUCUCGAGGUGCCGCCCGUUCCACUAAAGCGAUCGGCGGCUGAGCUGAGCGCCUUGGAUUGCAGAAUGAUGUGGAUGCACCGUCGCCAGCGCCUUCGGAGCGGAUUUCCGUCCCGUCACUACCGUCCCAACGCUGCUCCCACGGGACGCUGCCGUCCGUUCCGUCAACCGCGGCGAUCACGACCGUCAUCUCCGCCCGCACGUGCGGCGACGCGCUCUCCGUCCGCACGACUCCAGCCCUCGAGCCGCGAGCCUAGCCCGAUCGAUCUCAACAUGAACAAGUGCCACGACGACAAGCGGUAACCUCCAUCACACAGAUGCGUUAUAUCGUACAUUAUGUACAUACAACAUUUACUUGAGACCCACACCGCAAUGUGAAUGAGCAUCAGGGGCGUGCAUCGGUUUAGGCGAGGCAGGCACAAAACCUUAUGCCUUCAAUAGAACUUUGGCUAUAGAAUAACAGAACCAUAUUAAAUUAAACCAACUUUAACACAAGCUCUAUAUUUAUUUUGGUUCCUAAUAAUUGGUAUUCACGCCCCCAGUGAGUAUUAACAUUAUCAUGCUCAGGUGUGAAGAUACAUCAAGUCGCGUUCGAUGAGUACUUUUCACGUUGAUUUUUUGUCUGUUUUCAGAGUUUCAUAUUUAGUAAAAGUACAUAACUUCUUUCACACAAUACCUAAUUGUUAAAUAUUAUAUGUUUAUAAUAACACAUCUGUAUGUAUGGGGUCUAAUGUAGGGCAACCUUACAAACUUACUUGAACAGUGACAGUUGUGAUUUAACAGUGCUUCGUGAUUCCACCGGCGUAGCUCUAACUUAAAAAGUCGAAGGAAAAUAAGUUUAAAAGAAGUGGAAAUUAUAUCACAAGUGUUUUGUAUUUAAAUAAGAUUAGUGUACGAAUGUAUAAGACGAUCUUGAAGUACGUUCGAUGAAAUGGCGUGACUAUGACAAUUCCUUGAGCUCGUGACGUCAUAUAUGUUAUUGGUCUGACGAGUCGGACAUACUUUGAAAUUCGUCUAAGUGCCUAUAAAUAUGCUGGAAUUCAAAGUUGAAAAGUAGCCAGUUAUUUUACAGUUCGAUGUUCUUCGAAUAUACUCAUACUAUGAUAUAAGUCUCUCCAAUAAAAAAAAUAUUUGAGUGUGUUAAUUAGGGCUAUUGUGAAGCUACAAUUAAUACUUGACUAUGAAUUCCAGUCUUGAUGUCCUAAAUAAAAGCUUCUCGCUGACAAUACUUCUAUUAAUUGUAUUUUACUUCAGUAAGCUACAGAACAAAAAAAAAUAUAUGCUUUGCGGUAAGAAUUUUGGUACAUUCAAAAUGAUAAAUAUAAAAGAUAUGGUUUAACAUAACCUCUCAUAAGAGUGAAAGGCUUAGCAAAGCUGAAUCGUUCAUUAACCAUUUUCCACUUUUAGAUUAUUUAUUUUCAAAUAAUGAAUGUUUAUACCUUACUGUAACAUAUUUCGAACGACGUAAACUUUAAUUAUGCAUUUUAAGCAUGAAAUAUUUCGUUAUUUAAUUAUUAUAUGAUUCAGGGUAGUGAAUGAUAUUUAAAUGGUGGUGAAAUUAAAAAUAGCAAAUAUACGAUUAUUAAAAUAAUACAUGCUUCUUUUUGAGGGUAGACAGAGAAGAAUGCAAAUAAAAAAUGCAAACACAUUUUCAAUUUACUAUGAGUGAACAUUUCGGUUUUGCUAAGUCUUUGAGAUUUUAUGUAAAUUAUGGCAUUCCUUUUUUUUAAUACAUUUAAAUAAUAUCAAGUGUGAUAAAAUGACGAUUAUAUAACAAUGUGGAAAUAUAGGAUGAUAGUUGAUUGUUGCAAAUUGCCUCCUUAAGUGAUUUACACAAAAUAUUGACUUGUCUGAUUGUUUUCAUUUCGUACUUGUGUACGUACAUACAUAUAUUUUGAGGCUUUUAAAGUGGUAUACUAAUAAUAUUCGAGAAUUUUUUGUUCAUCGAAUACCGAAUAUAUUAUUAGUGUUGCUAGAGUUAGUAGCGCAUAACUUUAGCGAAUGAAAAGAAAACGAAAACAUGUAAAUAUAUAUUUGUUAUUUACUUAUUCUGUCAUUUGGGUUUGAGAUUGUCAUUGUUCUCGUUGAGUUCGACAAGCGGUGUUACAUAAUUUGGUAGUUUCGGCUUAUUGACCGACCAAAUUUUAUAUCUACAUGUUUUAGGUUUCAAAUUAGAAUAAUCUAUUAGUUUAAUUAUUCUCUAUUUUUUAUGGUUUUUGUCACAUUCCUGAAUGAUUUCAACGUGGCAUUUGUCUUGUUAUUUAGGAUAUUAAUAAAAUUGUAAGGCUUAGUUACAAUGAUUUUUAUCUGUUAUUUUUGAACAAUGAGAACAAAUAAGUAUAGAAAACUUGUAACUGUCAAACCUUGAUUUCGAUCUGAAAAUAAAUUUCUUUAAAUAAAAAUUGUAAAAGUUGAA